UUGUUGAAAGAAAAGUCGCGUAGAAAAAGUCGUCAUUAAUAAAGAAAAAAAAAAAUUUUAGUGUUAUUUAAUUGAAAAAAAAAUAAAAAAAAUUGCUUAUAAUUAAAGUAAACUGAAAUCGAAGAUUACUUUAAUUUUCUAAAUUAAAAUGUUCAAAAAUUUUCGAAAUAAGAGAAAUACGAGUUUAUCUUGAGAAAAAGAUAAUAACAUCCGUUUAACAAACUAAAAAAGAAAACUAAUUAAUUUCUCGAUUUAAUAAAAGCACUGUGAAAUCAAAGAAAGAAAAAAUUAUAAAGAAAAAGUAAAUUAUUCAAAUAUAUUUUAUUAAGUAAAUAAAACUUAAUUUAAAAUAAAAAUCAUAAAGUGUUAAUAUAUUUAUGUAUUUUAAAGAAAUAAAAAAACUUUAAUUAUUAAUUAAAUAAAUAAAUUUAAAAAAUAUUUUAAUAUCGCGAUAUUAAAAUAGUGAAAACUAAUUUGAGCCAUGUUUCGCUCAAAUUAUUAAUCGUAUCGUAGUUUAGAAUGAUACCAAGUUUUCACGAAUUAAUGAGGUGUUCCUCGAGCGUAUUAAAAAAUGCCCCUCCUGGAAACGAAAAUAUUCAGGAUGAUAACACCGCUACGUGUUCAGGUAGGGGCGAUUGUUUGAAUGGUACAUGCUUAUGUGAAAUACGUUAUAGCGGUGAUGAAUGCACUGGUUUUAAUUUACCCUAUCAUGCUGGCAUAUCGUCAGUAUUUUAUUUUGUUGCUUUAAUAUCAUUAAUACAACUUUUAAUAUGCAUUGUUGCUGAAUAUCAACGUUUAAAACAACCAUCAAUAUUAAGAGCAUGUCGUAUAACAACACAAAAACUUUUAUAUUUUGUUAUAUUUAUAGCAGCAUUAGUACGUGGAGCUUACUUUACAACACCUGAAGCAUUACAACCAGGAUGGGCAGUUACAUUAAUGUCUGCUUAUUAUCCUUUAUUAAUGACUUGUUCGUCAUUAGUUGUAUGUUUAUGGGCAGAGAUAUUCCACCUACGUGAUGUUAGAUGGGAGAAAUCACAAUUUUUAUCAAAAAGUUUUCUUGGAUUUUUAGCAUUUAAUCUUUUUCUGUAUAGUCUUUUUGGUGCCGAAGUAUUCUCAUCGCUUCUUUUACCAGAGAAACAUCAAACAUAUGCACAUAUAUUUAAUGGAUUUUAUGCAGCACUUUUACUUAUUGUUGUUGUAUUCUUUUUAAUUUAUGGCGUUGAAGUAUUCUUUAAAUUACGUGGCGGUUUUAUAUACGAUCAAACUGGAAAACUUUUAAGACCCGGAGAUACAAUUGUAAAUGCAUCACAAUUACAUCAAUCACGUCUUGGUCUAUUAAGUCAAGCAAUUAUGCUAAUAAUUAUAGUUGGAUUUUUAACAUCGGAAACAUUAGGAGAUUUUUGGAAAAAAAAGGUACCAGUAUAUUCACGUAAUUGGCAUGAUAUUGUCUUCCGUUUAGUUGAAAUUGGUGUUGCAUUGUGGUUUCCUUGUUGUUUAUGGAAUUCUAUGGCGCCAGAACAAUUAUGGAUAUUAAAUCCAAGAAAAUUAUUAAGUCGUCAAAUUGAUCCAAGUAUACCAACAACAUCAAGUGAAACAAAAACUUUAUCACCGGAAGAAGGUCAAUCAUUUUUAACAAAAAAAGACUGUUGGAUUUGUUAUGAUUCAGAUAAAAUUGAACCACUGAUACAACCAUGUAAAUGUACUGGUGAUGUUAGUUCAGUACAUCAUGAAUGUUUAAGACGAUGGUUAGUUGAAAGUUGUAGUACAUCAGAUCAAGUUCUAUCUUGUAAAGUUUGUGGAUCACCAUACGAAAUUGAAAGAGCGAAAAAACUCGAUUGGGAAAAAGGAUUUACAGUACAACAUUGGGCAAAAACAAUAAUAUUAGUAACAUUAAUGUGUAUUGCUGGUGCAUGUGCAUGGAUGGUAAUACAAUUAUACAACGAUCCAAUGAUACGAAUAUUAACAAUUGGUACUGCUGUACUUAUCGGUUAUGUUUGUAUUAAAUUAUUAGGCGAAAAUACUGUUGUCGCCUAUCAAAGGGCCAAAGUUAGUUCAAUUAAUAUUGUCACAAAUGUAGAAGCAACAGAAAAAUUACACACCAUAUGUGAAGAUGUCGGUUGAUAACAAAUUAUCAUAAUAUAAAAUUCAAUAAAUAUUAUAUAGUAAUCAAUGAUAAUGAAAGCAAAAAAUGUUAAUUAUUAAAAUAAUUAUCAUAUUUAAUUUAAAUUAAAAAUUUAUAAAUAUUAAAUUCAAUUUUAAAUAUAUGCGAAAUAAUAAUAUAAAAAGAAAUUAAUAAUUAUAACGACGAUUCAAACAAAAAAAAAUAUAGAGUGCGCUCUCCGAUCUUACUAAAAAUGAAUCCAAAAUUUAAUUAAUGGUAAUAUUUAAUUAUUAUUUAAAAAUUCUUAUAAUCCAACUUUAAACUUUUAAAAAGCAAUUUUGAACAAAAAGAAAAAGCGUACUCUUUGCAUUAAUAAGUAAGAAGAAAACAUAGUUAAGAAAUGAAAAUUAAAAAAUUCAAAGAAUGCAGUAAUUUUGCUUUAGAAAAUUUAAAGAUUAAUUUACAGAUAUAACUGAACUACUGGAUUUCAGGAUUUAAAAAUAAAUUAACAAAAAAACCUCUAAAUAUUGUAACUGCGUUCGCAAAGAAUAGCAAAACUGCAAGUUUUAUAAAAUAAUGGAAAAGAAAUUUACAAUUUUCAAAACACUUUUCAUACAUUAUCAUCCUUUUAUAUGCAAAAACAUUUUUUUGAAUACAAGCAAACAAAAUUGGUAAUCAAAACUAUUGCAAAUAUUGACUUUAACCACCGAUGAACUUAAAAUGACGGUUAAAAAAGAUUUACGACUAAAUUUUCUAGACAUAAGUUAUUUAUAAAAGUUUAAUUAAUACUUACUACAUAUACGAUUAAAGACAAUUUCGAAUAUCAUGGAAGAUACUUUACUAUUUAUACUUUACUAUUACUGCAAUUAAUUUGAAAUAUACAAGAAAAACAAUCAUUGAUUUAUUUGUAUUUAAUCUUUUUUUUUUUGUUAUAAUAUCAUCAUUCAAGCACACUGCAUUUUUUGAAUAGAAAUUUUAACAUUAAUUAAUUUAACAAUAAAUUGAUAAGAAUUACAAUUAAAUAAAAUUUUAAUUUAAAGUUGGAAAUAAAUAUUGUUGGAAAUGUAAGUAAAACAAGCAUAUAUUGGCAUAAUUUAUAAAUUAAAUUUAAAUUAAAGAAAUCAAAAAUAAUUUUACUUAGAUCUAUUCUAUAAAAUUAUUAUUGAAUUAUAAUAUUACUAACCAUCUUCUUUGAAAAUAUUAAAAUUUUAUUUUUCUAAAAAAAACAGAAUAGAAAAAAUUAUAUUGUUAGUAAUUAUGUAGUAAAAAUAAAAUAUAUUAACAUUUAAUAAACAUAAUUAAAGAAAGAGCUCAAUUUUAAAAUUAAAUACAAAAAAAAAGAAUUAUUUUAUUAUACAUUAUUAAUUGAUGAAAACGACUUUGAAAUUGAUUUUAAAAAUGGAAAAAUUUAAGGAUUCUUUUUAUUAUUAUUUGAAUAAAAUGCGGAUUCUGUUUUGCAAUGUAUACAUUAUAUUUUAAAAUUGAAUAUUGAAAUAAGAAUAUAAUAAACAUAAGAUGGGAUAAGAGCAAUAGUAACCUAAUCAGUAAUUUUUGUUAUAAUUUUUGUAUUAUAAAACAUAUUGUUACAUUUUACAAUAUAAACCUGUAUUAAUAAUCACAAGGAUACUGUUCCACAAUAUUUGGAACCAUAGUUUAACUUACAAAAAUAUGUUUUACGACAUAAAAACCACUUUGAAAAAUGCUCUGGUUAGGCUACUUUUGCUUUCACCGCUUUAAUAAAAUAUUACCCACCAAAUUUGUAAUAAUUAUAAAAGAUCAAAUCAAAGGCUUCUUUCUUGAAAUCUUUUCUUUUCAUUGUUAUGCAGUUUUGUGAAUUUUGUUUUAAAAAUUUUAUAGUUCAAUAUUAUUAAAAUUCCAAUUCGAAAGCUACUGUACAAUAAAUUAUCUCAUUUUUUUGUUAAAUUUGAUAAAAUUUUCAAAUAUUUUCAUACAUUAUUGCGUUUUCAAACAAAAAAAAAAAUUACCAAUUUCAGAGAAUCCUUAAUUUUUUUCCAUUUUCAAAAUUUAUAUUUAAUGCUCUUAUACAAUUAAUUAAUUCUAAUUAAUUUAGUUAAUCAAUCUUGAAUGUAAAUUAAAAAUACAUAAUUUAAUAAUAAUGGUAUGUAAAACAAGAAACGUAAAGAGAAAUUAUUAAUUCAAAAAAAUUUUAAAAUUAAAAACAACCAAAAAUACAAAAAAUUUAAUAGAAUUUUUAAUAAUUCUAAUUCCGAAAUAGAAAAAAGAGAAACUGGAAAACACAAGUUUUCAUCUAAAUAUUUUCCUCCUCACUAGCAACAGUGAAUUAAUUAUAUACAAUUAAAUGAAAGCCUCAUAUUGAAAAUAAACAUUACUAAAUAUGAUAAGAAGAAAAUUUUUAAUAAAAACAAAAACUAAAUAUUAAUAUUUUAUCUCACCUUAAUAUAAACAAAAAAAGUGGAAAAAAAAUACAAAAAUAAUAUUUACAUCAUUAGAAGUUUCCAUUAUAAUUUCGCGAAAGUAAUUAAGCAUAAAUAAUAAAUAUAAGAUGUAGAACAAAAAAAAUGCAUAUUUUAUAUUAGAAAUUAUUAAGAUUAAAAGAAGAGUGUCGAUUAUAUAAUAAUAUAAUAUUAAUAGCUUUUAAUACAAACCCAGUAAAAAAAAUAAACAAACGAAAUUAAAUACAAAAUUAUUAUGAUUUAUUAAAAUAUUAAAGAGUAAAACUUUUACUCAAAAAGUUCAGAGUGAUUUAUUAAUUAUAAUUUUAAAUAAAAAGCUUAUCAAAAAUUUAUAAAACUCAAAUUAAAAUUAUUAGUAAAAUUUGUUUUUCUCUCAACUGCUAAUCAUAAUUUAUAUUAAAUUUUUUAUAAACUAAACAUGUUAAUGAAAUUCAGUUCAAUAAUCAUCAAUAGUUUUGAUUUUUCAAACAAGCAAAUUUAUCAAAUUUUAACGUUGAAAAAUUUGAUUUGAAUUUCCAAAAUAAUUUUCAUUUUCAUUAUAUUUUUUACAAAAGGCGAUAUAUUAAGUAAAAAUAAAAUUCAAUAAACACUAAUUACUCUAAAAAUUUAUUAUAAAACAAGAAAUAAAAAAUAAAAAUUAUUAAUUAAUCAUUAAUAUUGUAGUAUAUAUUGUAGAAUAAUAAGUUAUAAUUAUUAAUAAUUUAAUUUUAAUAUUUAAGUAAUUUUAGAAUUAAAAAAUAAUUUUUAAAUAAUGAAAAUUAAUGUUAAUUUUAAUAUAUAUAUAUAAAUAAUAAGAACAAAUACAUAAAUAAAUAAAUAAAUAAAAAAAAAAAAACAAAAUGAAAAACGGAGAAAUUAUUAACUUUUUUUUUUAAUAAAAAUAUAAUUAUACAAAAGAAAAAAAAAACAAUUUUUUUGUAAUUGUGAUAUUACUAGAUUUAAAAGUAAAUAAAAAUUUUAAACAGAAAUAAGAAUAUUAAAUUAUAAAACAUUAUCAUUUAUAUAAAUAAUUAAAACCAGAUAAUUACAAAUAUCAAAAUCAUAUAUUAAAAUAUUUUGUUUUUGAAAAAACAAUCAUUUACUAAAUUUUUGCCAUACCAAAAGAAAUGAAUAAAUUUUUAACAAAUAAUUAAUUAAAAUAUGCUCAUUUUAAAUAAAAAUAUUUGCAAUAUCUAGAAAAAAUUUUAAUGGUAAAAUUUUAAUGCCAUAAUUUUUAAAAUUGAUUUAAAACAGUAAAAAUAAUUGUUAUUUCAGAAAUUGGGACCUUAUUUUUUAAAAGCAUUCAUGUAUAAAAACAAUAACAUUUUUAUUACUUCAAAAUUAUUUGAAUUUAAAUUUGUUGUUAAUUAAAAUUUUAAUAAUUCAUUCAUAUAAAACUUCAUUAAAUUUAAAAAAAUCAAAAAAAAAUUUGAUAAUUUUUUUAGAAGGUUUUAAUUAUAAAAAUAAUAUGAAAACUGCAUAACUAUAGCAAAUAACAAACAAUAUACAAAAUUCAAAUAUUUCAUGUGUUGUGUAUUUUGUUUUAGAAAUUUGAUUUUAUUUAAUUUUUUUUUUGUUUUAUAAUUUUAUUACCAAUUUUUUUUUUUUAAUUUAGAGUUUGUAUAAUUUUACAAAAAAAAAUUUGAAUAAUUAUUAAGAUUAAUAUAUUAAUAAUUAAAAAUAAUAUUUAUUUUUGUUUUAAUUUUCUUUUAAUAUAUUUUCAGUUUUGGUACAAAUAAUUAUUUUAUUUCAUUUGGAAAAUGCUAAAGAGAUGUAUUUUUUUAAUAUGGAUUGUUAUGAAUUUAAGAAAGUUUAAGCAAUUGUCAUAUUAAUAAAUUAAUAUAACUUAUAAUAUUAACUUCUCUGUUUCUUUAAUAUUAAUUUAUCUAUUAAAUAGAAUUUAUAUUAACUUCGCUAUUAAAUUUCUCUGUUAAUAAAUUGAAAAUCAACCAUACUUUUCUCGAUUAAAAUUAUUUAAUAUUAUUCUCGAUUCAUAUACACCAUAUUGUCUUGGACGGAUUAUUAUUCAAAACCAGUGCUAUUUCAAAUUUCGAAAAAGAUUUUAAUAAUAUAAUUCCAAGUGAUGCGUCUAAGAGAAUAUAGAUGAUAAUUUUUCAUUUAAACUCUGUAUUUAAUUAUUUUUUUAAAUUUUUAUUUGUAAAUUAACAAUAUCUUAUAAAAAACCUGUUUUUGUUAAUUUGCAUUUUUGAAUUUACUGUGAGAAGUUCAUUAUUUGACUUUUGCGUUUUCCAAUAAUCUCUCAUUAAUAUUAAUCUUAAUUUUCUCGAAAAACUGAUAAAUUAUUUUAGUCUUUUAAAAAAAACAAAAUUCCUAAAACAGUUUCAUUAAAUUUUAAAUAU